AUGGCAUCCCUCAAGCCUCCUUUCAACGCGCGGACUGCGCACGAGAAGGUCAAAUUCGCGCAGAAGAUGUGGAAUACCCAGAAUCCAGUGCAGGUGUCGAACGGAUACACCAGCGACUGCAUUUGGCGCAACCGCGACUUUUUCUUCCGCGGCACACCGAAGAUCCAGGAGUUCCUCACCAAGAAGUGGGAGAAGGAGGCGUCAUACCGGCUGAGAAAAGAGUUGUUUGCCUUCACCGAUGACAAGAUUGCCGUGCAAUUCUGGUAUGAGUACCAGGACAGAUCCGACAACAUGAAGUGGAAAAGGUGUUAUGGGUUGGAAGAUUGGACGUUUGAUCACGAAAGUGGGAAGAUGAGGAAGAGGAUGAUGAGUGGGAAUGACAUUCUGUUGGGUAAGGACGGAGAUGGCGUUGCCGUCGCCGAAGAGGGCAUCGAGGGAAGGUGGUUCGUUGACGGAGUCGAUGUUGACGAUGAUAGCGUCACGGCCAAGAUCACUGAAGCGCACUGGUAG